UAUCCGAUGAUCUGCGAAUUGUGGUAGUUUCUGUUGCUUCAUGUGGUUUUGAUAGUAUCGGGGAUGGGAUUUUAGUGAAUUUUAAUGUUGCUUCAACUUGAUGUGUUGAUUUUGUUUGUUGUCUACUGCUUAGUUUAUUUGUCAUUAACUUCUAGAUGCUCAGUGCUUCUUUUCAAAUGCUUUUCUUUGCUUGUGGUGCAGAGUUGUGUAAUAUGUAAGUAGACUCAUGGUUCCUGCACUCAAUGCAGCAGAUGUCCUACUUAUUUUCAAGUUAUGUGUGCUGCAAGAGCAAGACACAGCAUGGAAUUACACUGCCUGGAGAAGAGUGGGAGUCAAAUAACAAAGAAGUUGAUAUAUUGCGCCGAUCAUAGAAGGUUCGACAGCCAAGAGGUUGAUUAUAACUAUGUCGUGGUCAUUAACAAAGGACAGAAAAGCAUCAAAUAUGUUUCGGUAAAUCUAGUAUACAUGGAUGGGGACCCUUUGCUCGAAGAAAUAUUCAGGAAGGAGAAAUGGUACCUUCUUCUGAAAACUACCUCAUUAUUUGCAUGUUAUGCUUUAGUUGGACGGAAAUGCUGUAUUUGUCAUUAUACUUUUCAUUUAUUCUUGGAAAUGGAGGACAUGAUAAAAAGAGACAAGUACAACGAUUUAUAUUCUCAAAUGUUUUUCGUUUUUUCAUUACCAUAAAGAGUGGAGUUUAGGAA